CUGGUGGAUGGGGAGAAAAUGGAGGUGAACAGAAGAGAGGUGCCUCUAUAUGGACAAGUGGAGGCCAAUGUGAAGUUACAAGCCAGCGCUCCUGAAGAGGCAGAGUUUUAUGUGGUUGUACAAGGUUCCAGACUAACACAUGUGACCGCAGCAAAAAGAGGAGAUGAUGGGAUGAGCCUUUGCUUCACAGUUCCUGGUCACGACCUCGUGGAAUGUGUCUCUGUCACAUCCUACUGUCAUGCAGAGGACAGAGUCAAGCCAUGCGAGGGGGAAACAUCUCUUGAAUACGUCAGGGACGUUGCCCAGGAGGCAGCAGAGUACCUGAGUGCACAGAGGGAGCAGCUCGGCACCCGGAGCUACCUGGAGGUCCUGAAGAGGUUUCCGGUGCCGCCGCCUGAAGAGGAGCUCUCUGUUGGAGGGUUGGACCGCGAUGAGGGUGAUGCAGAGGAGGUGCAGCUCAGAGAAAGUGGAGGCGAAGAAGAUGGUCUCAGGCGGCUGGAUGAGAAGAUUGCACAGGCGAUGGCCAACAUGGAUUAUCCUCAGCAGUGGAAAAACACUGGCAGUCAGCAAAGGGAAGUAGCUGAGAUUCAGCCCAAAGAAACCCUGCUUCACCUUGCGGUGCGUCUGGGUUUGGUGCAUCUCUCCCGUUUCUUAAUUCACCAACCCAGAGGUCAAAGGGCACUGACCUCGCCCAAUCAGGAGGGAGACACUCCUCUGCAGCUCGCUCAGAGGGACGGACAACACGCUGUGUUCCGGGUGCUGGCAGCUUCUGCAGGCCCCGGAGUCGGCCCCGCCCCAGGUGUGUGUAGCGUGUGGUCGGACACAUCCCGCACGCUGAGGUUCUGUCCCGGGACAAACUCUCUGACCCUGACUGUGCGACAGGCGCCCGGCAGCUGCCCUCAGGACGACAUCAUGGUGCUGCGAGACAGACAGGAAGACCGCAGCAUCGUCAGGCUGAUCAAUGUGCUCAGGGCUGAUGGUGAGGGAGAGGAGAGAAGCAAAGAUGAAGCCCUUUCUGUUGAUGAAGGCAUUAGCAAGGAGCUGCGAGUGGAAGAGCAUCUGCUGCUGGAUAACGUUUUCGAAGAGCAGCUUGUUCUGUCUUUGGACGACGAUGACGAUGAUGUAAAAGAGAACCCAUCCUCAUUAUCUGUAUAUGAUCAUCCUGUGAAGUCCAGUGGAGUCGAGAGCCAUUUUACCCAGCAUGCCACAGACCCUCUACUCUCCAUGGACAUCAAAGAUCGAAAAACCACACAUCCGACGCAGCUGGAUGAUGUCGACCUCAAGCACAGCAUCAGCGGAGUGACGAGCGACAGCACAGGGACGGACAGCGGGUUAUGGGACGGGGUGGACUCGCAAGAUCUCCUGCUCACCACUGACACUCCUCCGCCCUCUUCAGAAAACCUCUGCCCCAGCUCUGCACUCAGUUCCCUCCCCCUCUCGCCUGCUGACCGGGCCCUCGCCAGGCUGAGCUUUCCCACUUCCUUUCAGCCGACCGACGAGAGAGACAGUCCGCCCAUGGACGCCAGCGACCUCAGCCCCAGUCUAGUGGCUCUGGAGAUGGACAGCGAGGAGGACAGCGCCGACAUAAAGUCUCCGCUCUCCCCGCUUUCGUCCCACGUGGAGAAGAGCGAAGACACGAGAGACGCCUUUUGUCCCUCCGCUGACCUUACUUGCACUCGCAGCAAGUCUGCCUCUGCGGCAUGCGAACCCGCCACAAAAGAAUUGGAUGACCAGGGGAUUCGACUGCGUUCCUAUUCCUACUCUGCCCCCAAAAUCAGUUUGCGGCCUGCUCGUUUUGCCCGGGACAAUCACACUUCAGACAUCAGCCCUGAUGCCGUGCUCCACAGUGUCAGCCACAGCCGAUCUCUCCUUCAGGCCCUCUCUCUGUCUAAAUCUCUGUCUCUGCUCCACCCUGGUAAGCAAAGAACCUCCAAUAUUUCAGAGCAGUCACAUGUGAAAAGGGACAUUAGGUUCCGUAGUCGUGCCCAGUCUGCGGAUGAUGAGGGAAGCAUGGAGCUGGCAGAGUCGCUCCAACACCUCACGCUGUCUGAGUUCCUCAAAGAAAUUGAAGAAGAGGAGCUCGAUAAGUACAGCAUCCCAACCAAAGCGGAGUCAGAGAAGUACAAAGUCAUCCGCACCUUCAGUUUCCUCAAGAGCAGGAUGUCCAGCACACGCAGCAAGACCAAGGGGAAGGGGAAGGACAGAGAGGCCAAGGACAGGCAGCUGAAUGGACAUCGGUUUGCGACAGGGUCCUGUUUAGGCCCCACCAUUUGUGUGGUAUGUGACAAACCAGCAUCUGGCAAGGACCUGCUGCAUUGUUCCAGUUGCACUGCCAUCGUCCAUAAGGGCUGUAAGGAAUCUUUGCCGCCAUGUUUGAAGAAACUUCAGGAUAAAUAUGCUGUUACGAUGGUGAAGAACAGGACAGCAUCCCUCCCACAGAAUUUCACAGUGAGAGACAGUCCUCCGCAGUGUGUGAUCCCCAUCUCUACCUCCCUUCCUGUCAUGAUGGCGAAGGAGAGGAAGGAGACGGUGACCCAGCCAAGCUCUCUGUCUGGAAGUUUCCCCAACAGUGACAGUCGGCUCAGUGAGAGUUCAGAGACAGAGUGUGACGCCGGGAAGGGGCCCAGUCAUUCAGAAGAGCAGCUGCCGACGCCAACGUCCUCCACCUCCACUGACUCAUCCUUUGGAGAAGACUGUGUGGACGCGUGUAUCCAAGGUGACAUCUCGGCGGAUGCUGCAGAUUACGAGGCGGAGUCGUGGAGUCUGACGGUGGAGCACAAGUUCUGCAAGAAGCACGACAAACGAGCGGUCAAGAGGCAGGAUGUCAUCUAUGAGUUGAUGCAGACUGAGCUCCACCACCUGCAGACGCUCCACAUCAUGGCCGAGGUUUUCCGGCGAGGUAUGAGGGAGGAGGUGCAGCUCGACACUGAAGCGGUGAAGCGGGUCUUCCCCUGUCUGGACCAGCUGCUCCUCUUCCACCACGGCCUCUUCGCCGCCAUGAAAGAGCAGCGACACAGCUCGGCCCAGCCGCAGGGACACAGGAACUACCUCAUCCAGCGAAUAGGAGACGUCCUGCUCCAGCAGUUUUCAGAUGAAAAUGGUGAGAACAUGAAGCAGGUAUAUGGAGAAUUCUGCAGUCGCCACAACGAAGCGGUCAGCUUUUUCAAAGAACUACAGCAGCACAACAAAAGGUUUCAGAACUUCAUUAAGCAACAAGGUAAUAAUUCCUUGGUGCGACGGAGAGAGAUCCCAGAAUGCAUCUUGCUCGUAACCCAAAGGAUUACAAAGUACCCAGUGCUGCUGGAGAGGAUCUUACAAUACACUCAAGAAGACACAGAGGAGCGUGCCAACCUUUCUAAAGCCCUGGCUCAGAUCCGGGAGGUGAUAGCAGCUGUGAACUUGAGGGUCAGUGAGUAUGAGCGGCAUCAGAGAUUACAGGAAGUGUGGAACCGCAUGGAGAACCGCAGCUCGACCAAGCUGAAGAGCGGACAUACCUUCAGGAAGCAGGACAUGAUGGGGCCGGAACAAAUUCUCAAGCACCAGGGCCUGCUCCUGUGGAAGACUGCUACCGGUCGACUGAAAGACAUCCUGGCGCUCCUUCUCACAGACACACUUAUCUUCCUGCAGGAAAAAGACCAGAAGUAUACGUUUGCCACUGUGGACCAGAAACCUCCAGUCAUCGCACUGCAGAAGUUAAUAGUGCGAGAAGUAGCAAAUGAAGAGAGGGGGAUGUUUCUGAUCAGCGCAUCAUCAGCAGGGCCAGAAAUGUACGAGGUCCACACGUCAUCCAAGGAGGAACGAAACGCCUGGAUGAGGCUCAUUAGAGAGGCUGUGGAGAGCUGUCCGGAAGAAGAGGAGGAAUACGCGAGUGAAUCAGAGGAGGAGAAGCGAGCUGCUGAGGCUCGUGUUCAGAAGAUCCAUAAGUUACAAGAGAGUCUGAUGAGCCAGGACCAGCAGAUCUGCUCCAGCCUGGAGGAGAAGCUGCAGAUCUACACUGCGCUCUCUGCUCUGAGUGGGAGGACGGACGCCUCUGCAGUCGAACCGCGGCUGCUCGUCCAGCCGCACUCAGAGGACGUGCCCCAGGCGGGCGAGCUGCUGGCUGCAGCUCUGCAGGAGGCUGAAAACCUUAAAGCCACGUUGUCAGCCAAGGCCCAUUCUCCAUCCAGCAACAGCCCGUACUCUGACAUGGACUCUGUGUUCGCUGUCAGCCCUGCUCCGCAUGUACAGCUCCCCUCAGAUUCUUCAGAGCCGUCACCUGAGACCCCUGAGGCCGCUGACGGGAGCUGGACCCAGGCCGUCGUUCCUCAGUCUCCAGAGUCAGAUGACAUUGACUUGAAGGUUGCUCACAGUGUCCAAAGCCUGAUGCAGUUACUCUACAGUCUGCAGGCUGCAGUGACCAUCCAAGACAGCUGCUACGAGGUCCAGAGGCUCCUCCUCCGAGAGACCGGGCGCCCGUCGCCACGAGCUCAGCGACUUCACCUUCCGAGCGCCCGCGGCAACACCCUCCAAGAGCAGGAGAAGCAGCGCAACCUGGAGAAGCAGAAGGAGGAGGUGGUGGCGGCUCAGCGGCUCCAGGACCGACUGCGCCAGGAGAAGGAGCGCUGGGACAGGGAGUGCCAGGCCAAGGAAAGCCAGCAGGGGGAGCAGGAGAGCAGGCUGGAGGAGAGGGAGAGGCAGUGCCACCUGGAGGCGGAGAGGCUGCGGCGCGAGAGGGAAGAGCUGGACGAGCAGCAGGAGGAGUACCAGCAGAGCUUGGAGCGGCUCAGGGAGGGCCAGAGGAGCGUGGAGAGGGAACGCGAGCGUCUGGAGAGCCAGCAAAAGCUGCUCCAGACGUGUACGCACGGCCGCCAGAGGAGCCUGCCCACUGUGAUUCCACACAUGGUCAUACCUCUAGAUGGGCAGCAGGACUCGACCCCAAGUCAGUCAAGAGACCUCGGCGGUAACGGCUCCAUGUUUGUGAACGAGGCUGCGUUCGCCAGCACCAGCAUCAACAACCGCCAUGUCCACCACAAAAAAAAUGACCCCAGCAAACAUAAUUGUCUCAACACCCUGCUGGCCAGGUCCAACAGCAGACAGCCCCCUAUAGCUAAGACCCCCCAUAAUCCUCACUCAGACUCCCAGGGAUGGAUGAUGGGGACGGGGUACCUCUACAGCCCUGCAGGAAAGCUGGGACUGCAGCACACACCCACUGAUCAUAGCAGUCACAGCUACAUCGGGGAGACCUGGUUGUCGAGGGCAAGUGGAACUGAUUUGUAUCAGGGGCUCCCGCAUCCCGCUGACCCUCAGCUGGACCUCAGUGCGCUGGUUUCCUUGGAGACUGACAGCAGUGGGGAGGAGGGCAGGGAAGAAACCAUAGUGUACCUCUGAAUAUUGAUAAAUAUGAGACUCUUAAAAAGCCAACCCAGCACUUGGAGGAAGAUAAAGACAUUAAUGGAGGCCUAAGCAAGGAAUGGACUGGGGCGGCCUCAGAAAGCAUUUCCCUGUAAAGAUGUUUUUUCAUUUUUCUUGUAUAUUUGAAAGAUUGCUGCGUGGUAUUUUUUUGUGGCGUGGAGAGUUUCUGGAAACACACAGGGAGAUAAAGAAACUGAGGUUGUUUCAGACUCAAUCUCACAUGUGUCAUGCACCUUAGCUCAAGGCCCCACUGGGUGUCCACAGUCUCUUCAUUUUCUGUUAUUUGUGUUUGUGCGUGUGGUCUAUAUUGUCUGCCCGGGCCCCUGCAGCUGUUUUUUCUCCCUCUCGCCCCUCCUCCCUUCCUCAGGUCCCACAUAUCUCAUCUCUGGAGCUCUAUAUUUAUUCAAUUUACCCCAGAGGGAGAGAAAGUGUAAACCCAAUAUCAGCAAAAACAUGAGGCUGCAUCUCACCAGCAGGUGAUUGUCUUUCCAUAGAGUAAACUGUCUCUCUGUCACUUAUCAGACAGGCUGUGUUUAUGGACGAGCAUAACGCAGAGCACAAAGCAUUAGAACUGAAAGAUGAGGCACGACAGCGUCAGCCCCACGUUUUUUUCCGUCUCACUGCCUGUACCAAUCAUUUAUUUCUCUUUUAUCGGAAGACUGUUUUUUCUUGUUAAGAAAAAUAAGCUCAGAUGUGGAUUUUAAGAAAGAUGUUGCAGCUGUAGUAAUAUCUCUCCGUUUUAUCACCGCGCAGCAUUUCCACCAGGAAAGCCUGAGACAGCAUCUUUUCAGCACAUCUGCUAAAUAUAUUUAAAAAAAAGAAAAACGUGUCAGACCAAACAAAUUUCAACACUUACUUUAUAAUGUUACAACAAUUCCAUUACAAAUCUCUGGUGACUUUUUUGUUUUCUUUUAUUUCCAAUUCAUUUUCUUUGGAUAGAAAUGUCCGACAGUGAGUUGCUCCAGCGCUUUGAUCCAGACUGGAAUAUCUGAGGAACUACAUAAAAGAUUACCAUUCGAUUUUGUAAAAAUGUUCAUUGUUCCCAGAGGACAGAUCCCUAUCACUGUAGUAAUUCCAUGGCUUUUCCGAUACCUUCAUCAUCUGUUUAACAUUUAAUGUCUCGGCGACCAAACGAUUCAACUACAGCAACUUGUCAUCUCUUAACUUUUCAUCUAUAGCUGCAUGUCCAGGUGAAACCUUUUAUUUGUCCAGUACUUUGGUUGAUGCCCAAAUACCUGCAAAUGUAAUGACUUCCCUUCAGAUUCAGCUGUUCUUCGUCUCUAGUGCUGACUUUCACAUAUGAUCAUGCAGAGGCCAUGUUUCACCACUGAAACAUGGCCUCCCGUUCACUUUCAAUCUGUGAGAGUAAGGAGGCAUUAAAACAUCUGCUUCCUCUGGCAAAGUAAUUUGCAGCGUGGCUUCACGUGGAGUACAACUUCGCUAAACUUUGGCCAGCAAUAUUCUUUUAAAUUUGCGAAUUUUGACUGAGUUCUACAGGGGGUAAGAUGUUAUUCUUAAAUGAUUGCCCUGUACAAUAAGAAACACCUCAUCCUUACACUUAAAUAUUCAUGUAGACCAUCCGUUAUCUAUAUCAUUUAUCUUUUAGGGGUGGCUGGGCGGCUGCAUGGGGCCAAACCCAGCUGACAUUGGAUGAGAGGCGGAGUGCACCCUGGAAUUGUCCCCAGUCCAGCACAGGGACAAUAUACAUAGACAAAAAACAAUUCACGCUCACAUUCACAUAUACUGUCAAUUUUGAGUGUCCUGCUAUCCUAACCUGCAUGCAUUUGGACUGUAGGAGGAAGCUGGAGCACCUGCACUCAUACCCAGACAGACACAGGAAGAACACGUGAACUCCACACAGAAAGGCCCCGGCUAGCCGGCAGGUUCCGAUUUAUCAUUAUCACCAUUAUUCUUGUUGUAUAUUUACUUAUCGUUCAUAAGCGUUUUUGUUAAAGAUGUCCCUGCAAUGCUUUAGGUGUUUUAACCGACACUAUAGAAGAUGAAUUGAAUUACUAUUGCAGUCUUCUAAUGGGACAAUAAGGCAGUGGCCGUGUUUUGAUGUGAUUUUGGUACCAUGUCUAUAUGUGUGUGCUUUUAUUUAUUUAUUACAUUACAAAAGAGUUCAACUGUUUGACAUUGCUUUGUGGAGGGUUGUAUUUUAAAUAGGAGCGUGCCUGUGUAAACUGAUGAAAGUGUGUUUUCUUGUUGUUUACUCAUGUGUUCUAUAUACAGACACAGCUUUAUUGAUAAAAUUACUUUGUCGAA